AUAUCAGUGCAGCAUACAACACCACCAUCUAUUAAAAUAUGUUUGCAAGAAGUUUUAAAUUCAACAGCAACUGGAAAAAUGAUCUUGGAUUACUACAAAAUCAACAAUAAAUUUAACAAAAGUAUAAGAACAUUAUUGGUUGAUGCAAUUAUUAAUUAUAUAAUAACAAAACAAAUUCCAAUGUCUGUAAUUCUGGCCUCCAGUAUUGGGUCAGAUAUUGUUAAAAUGUUUCAAUCUGAAGUUAAGGACACUUAUUUUAUGAAAGAUAAUGUGAAUAAAAACCCAAAAGGAAAGCUGUAUGCGAAGUAAUAUAAUUCAAUGAGGUCUCUUAAAAUUAGUGGUUUAGUGUCCAUUAAAGAACCUACUGUCAAAACCAUAUCACACGGUAGACAUGAUAUUGAAUUUGAACCUGAAGAUGACAUAACCUUUUUCCUGGAUAAAAUAAUGUAUGACAGUGAUUGCUCAUUUCCUGAACUUGAACAUAUGUGGAAACAAACCACAAAACAUAGAUUAUGUGAAAUUCGAAAAACUUCCUCUACUGCUGAAAUUCUUCAAAAAUGGAAGAGUUAUUCUCAACCUUUUGGUCAUAGACUGAUUGCUAUUGAUUUUAAUAUACUUUACCCUGACUGUCCUGAUCUUAAAUGUUCAUUGGAUGUGAAGUUUCAAAAAGUAAUUAAACUGUUAAAUGAACAAACUAAAGACCCAGCGAGUAAAAAAUUACUACAGAACUUAAAUGAUAAUAUAACUACUAUUGGUGAAAAUGAAAAACAUGCAGUCUUGUUUUAUUUAUUGCAUACAAUUUUUGUUCCGACAACUAAAAAAAUAACUAGAGACGAUAAUGGCAAAAAAAACCUAAUCAAGUAUUCAAUAAAAGACAGUCAAGACAGUUUUAUGAUUUUUAAAACCUCAAUAGCUGAAAUUGAAGAAUAUAUAAUGAAGCGUCGUAGUGAAAAUACACCAAUCCAACCAAUUAUAUUGAUUUGUGGAACUCCAAACAAACCCAAAGAAAUAAUUGUACUCUUUGAUUGUAUACAGUUUAAACUAUUUUCUAUAUCAUCGGCAAUUGGUGUAUGCUUUAAAAUGUUUCAUACUUUUAAUUUAGAUUAUCCAUUACAAUCAUCUAUUGUAUGGCUCUUUAUACAAAAGUAUUUUUAUUUACUCAACACUAAGUAUGAUAAAGCCUAUCAUACACUAGGUCAGAUUUUAUCUGAUUUAAACCAUGAAUGAAUUGUAUUAUUAUUUAUUUUUA